GUUCGGAGCAUAUUGCGUGAAUAAAUUGCAAAUGCGGGAGUUCAAGUGAAAAAUCAAAAUAAUUUUUAUCGUUUUGAUUCAAGUGAUUUCUUCAAAAAACAUUUCUAUCGAGUUUUUUCUGUCACAGAAACUUUGUUGAAGAGAAUUUCCGUGAAAUCACAUGAUGACAACCUUUCGUGCGGGUCUCGCAGUGCGACCAAUUCGGAACCUUUUCCGACAAGAUGUCCCGACAAUCCGUGGUGCAAUAAUUCAUCGAAGUUACGCAACGAAAUCCAGAGGAUUCGUUUCAAGCACAAUCAAACCGAUCGUUCUCGGAGUAACACUGGGAGCCGGAAUUGGUGUGGCUUAUACGUACUACUCGAAACAACAAAAAGGAAUUCCGGGAUUCGUCAUAGAACAAAAUGACAAACCAUUUAUUAUCGACAAAUUUCCGGAAAAUAUCAAAAUUACGCGAGAAAUUAAGAAUCCACAAGACAGUACUGGACUUGAACUUGUGCUAUUCCAGUUUCAAACGUGUCCGUUUUGUUGCAAAGUCCGUUCGUACUUGGAUUACAAGGGACUUUCGUAUUCCGUAGUGGAAGUUGAUGCAGUUUUGCGUCAAUCCAUCAAAUGGUCUCCGUACAAAAAAGUUCCCUUAUUACUGGCGAAGACAAAGGAUGGACGAUAUGUGCAACUUACCGAUUCCAGUAUGAUUGUCUCAGCUUUGGAGACAUACUUGAAGAAUCCGGAAAAGGAUAUUGCGGAAAUUGCGGCACUUUAUCCGAAUGUUGCGUUCUAUGACGAACAGGGAAACAAGAAAACAGACGUCUUUAACAAGUAUUUUUUGAUGUUCCGUGAAGGAAAGAAAGCACUUCAAGACAAGGAAGCUAUCAAAUCCGAAAACGAAUGGCGUGCAUGGGCCGACGAUCAUCUCGUUCAUCUGAUAUCUCCCAAUGUUUAUCGCAGCAAAGCCGAAGCUCUCGAAACGUUCGAAUGGUUUUCCGAUACCGGCGAGUGGGACGUACAUUUUCCCUCGUGGGAACGUAAUUUAAUGGUAUACACGGGAGCGGCUGCCAUGUACUUAAUUAGUAAACGUUUGAAAAAACGCCAUAAACUGACUGACGACGUCAGAUCUCACAUGUAUGACGCGUGUAACAAGUGGACAAACGAACUUAAAGCUCGCAAAUCUACCUUCAUGGGUGGAAAGACACCAAAUUUGGCAGAUUUGGCGGUGUUUGGCGUCCUUAGUUCCAUGGAGGGAUGUGCAGCCUUCAAGGACUGUCUAGAUAACACCAAAAUUGGAGAAUGGUUCUACGAAAUGAAGGUACUGGUGCAGCAAAAUAGAGGAAAUGUUGUGCCUGCAUAAGUUUUUUCAUGUAUUUGUUUGAAAUUUCACAAAAAAAAGUUGAAAUAAAGUAUUUAAGG